UAGAUCUCAAGCUUUUAAUGUAAAAGAUGAGACUCUACCACUGAUCGCUUCUUCAGUCUACAUUCCAGCUGCAGGCUAAACUCUCUCUGGCGGCCAUUUUUGUUUUCGACAUUACUAGUAACUACCACAGCCUGUGUUUUGUUGUCUUAAUAAAGAGCCCCUUUCAGUUUGUGUAACAUUUAACUCUCACCAUGGAUUACGACGAUGAACCAAGAGAAGAGACCCAAGAAACAUCUGGGGAUGGAAAUGAAGCCAAAUUAGCAAUGGAGGAGGCCGCCAGGAAGAAGAAGGAGAAGGUGGAAAGUGAGAUUGCAGAGUACGAAGAGAUGAGGCGGGAACAGCGCGAGAAGGAGGCUGACGAUCUGGAACAACUUCGCCAGAAGAGGGAAUCACGGAAGCAAGAGCGGAUAGAGGAAGAUAGAAGGCUGUUGGAGGUUAGGAAGGAGGAGGAUAAACGCCGCAAGGCUGAGGAGGAGGAGAGGAAGCGAAAGAAACAGGAGGAGGAGAGGAAGAGGAUUGAGGCCAAGAAAAUUAAGCUGAAGGAAAUGGAGGAGAGAAAGAAGAUGUCCAAGACACCUAACUUUGUCAUCACAAAGAAGGGAGCCUCCAAUUUGGAGGAGGCGAGUAAGGACAUGGCUAAGUCCAAAGAGCAGUUGGAGGAGGAGAAACGGGCCAUCCUUGCCCAGCGUAUCCAGCCACUGUCUGUGGACGGACUGGACUUGGCCUCCCUCAUGGAGAAGGCAACUGAGUUUCACAACAAGAUCAAGAACCUCGCCAACGAGAAGUAUGAGUUGGAGGAGCGCUUCAAGAGCCAGCAAUAUGAUAUGAUUGAACUGGCUGAGAGAGCUAGACAGAUGAACAAGGGAAAAAAGAGGGCUGUCCAGGUUGAUGACUCAUUUGAUCCAUUGGCAGAAAAAUACACCAGUGCUCCCCCCAAAGUUCAGAUGUACAGCAAAUACGAGAGACACACUGACCUUAGAACAUACGGUACCAGGGUAGAUUAUUUCGAAACAAAAGCCAAAAAAAUAGAAGCUGAACUGGCAAUUGGUAAGAAGGAUGAAGAUAUCCUCUUGGAGACAAUGGAACAAUCGGAGGAAAAUCCCGAAGCCGCACCUGAACCCGCACCUGAAACUGAGGUCGCCGCAGAGGAGGAAUAGAGGUCAUCGGGUCAAGGUCAUAGCCUAGGAGGUCAACAGAUUGAGUCAUAGAUGUCGAAAACACCUGUAAUCUUUGCCAGAGGGUGUGUGUCAUGGGGCGUAGCUUGUGACGACAAAUGUGUGUGAUGUCAUCCUAGUCACCAUAGUAACGACAACUGUUGUCGUUAGCAACAGUGAAACAUUUGUUGUCGGUAGCAACAGUGAACUCAUUCAUUAGUUUACCCAUCAUUAAGGUAUUAGUUCGAAAAAACUCCAUGUCAGAAAGUAAAAACAUUAUUGACUGAACCAGUGGUCACUACCAAAUGAAAACAAACCUUUUGCCCUUGACCAUAAGUGUAUACAGCUUGUAAUUUUGUUUCCUCUAAUUUAAUUAAUUAAACAUGUUGUGCAGUAGAUAACUCUUGAAAAGUUCUAAAUGAUAUCUUCCUUUUUUCGGAAAAAAAAUUGAUCAGCGGCUACUCGGAAAUUGGAAGGUAGAUUUAUAACUUUUGCAUUUUCGGUUGUAUAUUUUAAUUUAUUUUCUUUCCAUAUUUUUACCCAUUUUAUAGAGACCAUUUAAAGUACGGAAAGAUCACGCAGACACAGUAUACCUGCCGUAGGUGUUGAUGAGGUUUGUUGGUGUGUCGACAACCUCCCAGCACUUCAGUGGAUUAGCUGAUGUUGUAUGAAUUAUCAGAGGAUAGUCCCUUGUUAGGUUUUAUAUCAAAAACGUAAAAUAAGAAUAAAAGGCUUGGCUAUCCCUCCAUAUUUGUAUGUUAGUUGUCUUUUUAUGGUACC